GCCUCUUUUCUUUAAUUUCCAGGAGAAAGAGAGAAGAACUCCUUGAUUCCACCCGCCACCACCAGCCUCCUUAAAUAGGAAGCUUUGAACCCCAACUUCUACAAACCCACUCUGCGUCUAAGCUCCUCCCGGAGACCAGGCUGGCAGGCGCACGGACACCCCUAUUCCCCCCGGCCAUCCUUGGUUACGUGUAGUGUAGAGCAGGAGAGAGAGAUCGAGCCGGCGAGAGCGAGAGCGAGAGCGAAAGCGAAAGCAAGAGAGCGUGAGAGAGAGAGACGGUCAAGACGGGUCUGCCGGUGUGGAUGUUGGGGCUGGGCGCGGCUCGGUUGGAGGCCGACAUGAACCGCUUGAUGGCCCUGCUCUUCCACCAGGGGGUGCUGGACGAGCAGUUCAUGCAGCUGCAGCAGCUGCAGGAUGAAUCUUCCCCCAAUUUCGUCUCCGAGGUCAUCUCCAUCUACUUCCGGGAAUCGGAGAAGCUCCUCAAGAAUCUCCGAUCUCUACUCCUCAGAGCUGACAGGGAGUGCACGGACUACACGAAGAUAGGGAUACAUCUGAACCAGCUGAUGGGCAGCAGUUCCAGCAUCGGAGCCAAACGCGUGAGGACUGUCUGCCUUGCCUUCCGCGCCGCUUCCGAGCACAGCAACUGGUCCGGAUGCCUGCGCUCGCUGGAGGUGCUGGAGCACGAGUACUGCUACCUCAAGACCAAACUGCACGAGCUCUUCCAGAUGGAGCAGCACAGAGUGAUGGCGGCCGGGGCUAGGUACCACCCUGCGCUGUCGUGAGACUACUUCAUGUCUUGGAGCGUCCCCAGGAGAGGCCCGUCUCCGUCUCCAAUCCGACGCUAGCUGUUUGUCUCUCUCUAUCUCCGCACCGGUGUCUCUCGUCUCCGUUUGAUGCAAGAUGGUCGCUGCCGGUGCCGGGCGAACAGAGCGGGCGAAUUAAGCCGGACGGUGGGAGGAGGACGAGGGCGAGAAUUGGGCCUAUCGGGUAUGUCUGAUGGCUGGCUGGUUUUGCGUAUAGUUUGCGACUGACGAGGGAGGAUCAGGAGGUGUCGUCUGCCAGCUGGUUGCGGUGUUAUUGUGGCGUUAUAGCUUUCAGGUCCGUCACAUGAAUGCCGGAACCUAAUUUAUGUCUGUUGAAUACCUCCUGUUGCCUCCUCGCAAUGGCAACCACCUUAUAUUUAGUGGCCUCUAUCAGUGCUUUUCCUCCGGAGCUCUCUCUGUCUCGCAGCUCUCGCUCUCGCGUUAAUGAGCGCGCGCUCAGUAGAGUUAAAUGUUAUUAUCGUGGUCGUC